GGAGCGAGAGAGGACGGCAGAGGAGCUGCGUUAUCUCAAUCAUGUAACGGAAACACUAAGCCUUGUAUUAUGGUGAAUUCUAAUUUUUCGCAUGGACAGUGGAUACCGAGGUGCUUUAGAGCCUGCUAAAGGCAGGAAAUGCACAAAGGAGAAGGCAAGGCAGCGGCCCCUGCAGCGUACUGAGACCAAAGAUAGAGGAGCGCUGUCAAGUCUGCCUGCACAGGAUCAGCAUGGACUGCCUGAGCAGCAGGAGGAAGCUGCUAUAGCUGGCUGGGAAUAGGCCCCGCUCCCCGGGUCCAUGACAGGACCCAACUCCCCAAGCCGGACCGGCACCUCCCCAGCCAAGCUCAGCAGGCACGGCCGGUCCAAGAGCACCAGCGCGCACUGUCUCCUGCGCUGCGGGACCCGGGAGGAAUCCUCCACCUCUCCUCCCAACCAUUCCCCCGAGGAGGAGGAAGAGGAGAAGGAUGGGGGGGUUCUGUUCUACGUUAACCGGAGCGGUUUUCCCAUUGAGAGCGUCACCUGGGAGAGGAUGUGGUCCCAUGUGGCUGCUGUGCACCCAGAGGGCCAGGAGAUGGUGAACAGGAUACGGAACGCUGCAUACCUGCCAAAGCAUCCCGUCCCCUCCAUUCCAACCUUCAAACCAUCCAUGUCCGUCCCUGAUUGGUUGGUGGCCGUCCAGAACUACAUGAAGGCUCUGCAAUACAACCACACUGGAACCCAGUUCUUUGAGAUCAAGAAGAGCCGACCUCUGUGCGGGUUGAUGGAAACAGCAAGAGAAAUGAUCAGGGAGUCUCUACCCAUCAAAUGCCUGGAGGCCGUCAUCCUGGGAGUCUACCUGACCAACGGGCUCACGUCUCUCGAGCGAUUCCCCAUCAGCUUUAAGACCCAGUUUUCAGGUCACUGCUUUCAUCACGUGGUUCUUGGCGUCUACUGCAACGGUCGCUAUGGAUCCCUGGGCAUGAGCCGCCGCCAGGACCUGAUGGACAAACCUCUGACUCACCGAACACUGGGAGAACUGGUGGCCGAGUUCGAGAACUCUUACAAAAGAUACCAGCACACUUUGAAGAAGGUGAAGAUUGGCUUGUACGUGCCUCAUGACCCCCAUGUCUUUCAGCCAAUCGAGUGGAAGUAUUUGGUGCUGAAUGCGGCCCGGCUCGGAGCUCAGGAGAUGAGGAAGGAUCUGGAAAAGCAUGGCCGGGACAUGAGGAUGAAGAUCCUAAAAUCCUCCAGUGCUCAGUCGCCAAUCAAGGAGCGCAGCCGAGGAAAGUCGCUGUCACCACGGCGACGGCAGAGCAGCCCUCAGCGACGGAGCGUGCACCGCAGAGACAAAUCGCCAGCCUCAGUGGAGAGGAAACCUCUGGAGCUCAGCACCCUCAGCGACGGUUACCAGAUCCGCAUCUGAUGCCCCCACCCCCCCAUCCAUCCUUUUCUCAGCCAAGGGUCUAUAACUGCCACCAGGUGGAAGUAACCUGGUGCAAACAGCACAGUUACACCGAUUAUAGGAUUCUAACCACACUUAGUCACUUCUUAAAGGGGAGGUGUUCAAGGCUCACUCAACACUAUAAAAAAACUAAUUUCUUUUUCCUGGAUUUCACAAGUUCCUAAAGCUUCCUGUGAGUUUUCCACCAUGAUGGAUGAUUUGUUAUCAGAUUUAAACUAUUGCUUCAGCAGAACGACCAAAAAUGUAAAGAUUUAGCAAAGCUCAGAGAUGAAGCGGUCAGAUGAGGAAAUCCAAAGCUGCUCUGAGCGAACGGCGGUCCAGAUGAUGCGGCUCAGGCCGCAUCGGAACAACUGCAAAGGCAAUCUAGAACAAAAUAGGAGGAGGAAGAAGAAAAGAGGGACGAUAGCAUCAGAGCACAGAGGGUUUCAUCUUCACCUCCUGCAAAAAUAAGGAAAAAAAAAACAAGCUUUCUAUGUUCAACCCCAACAUGUUUACAUCCUCAGACCUUUAAAAGUUCUUCAUGUGAGUCAAAAGUGGAUAAAAUCCUCUCAGACAUCCUGACUAAUGCUGCAGAAAACAAAUAACAGCAGCAGCAAACCCACAGACUGCUGGGAUAUAGAAGGAAUCUGCUGCAGAGAAACAGGAAGUGACACGUCUUUAAUUAAAGCCUUAUUAGGGCGUAAGGGUCAGCGCCUUUUUAACUCGCCCAUUUAGAACACAUGGAACCGUAUCCCUUCUGUUUCAAUUUAAAGAUCAUUACAGGUUUAGAUCCUCUGGAAGGAGGAUGUUGGCUGUUUGGAUUCUUCUGCCUUUCAUCAGCAGAUAAGGAAACCUGUAAUCAAAUGUUUUUCUGUAUUAUUUUACACCAAACAUGGAAAAUCUCUGUAUUUUUCCUCUCAAACGCCUCCUGUGUGACUUUAACCAGCAGCUCUUUGUCAGGAAAGUCUUGGGAAAAACUAAGUUAACUUAAACUACCAGCUUAUAGAAACACUUUCAGCAGAUCAGGUUCAUCUUUAUGAGCCACUGUUGGCUCAACAUGCCCUGAUCUUCACCCCGCCAACACCGUGCUUGGUGUUAUCUGCUGGGCUGUUUAGUUUUCUCUCCAUGCAUGUCGGUGAACUUGAACUUUAUGGCCAAUUAUUCCUGUUUUGGUCUGAUCUGAACGAUGAUUCUUGCUAACUGAAAGCCCUUCAGCCAUUUUGUUUUUAGAUGAAAAAGGCUUCGGCCUUUCAGAUUUAAAUCCAAGGAGCUCUUGGUUCUCUUAGCAUUUAAAAUUAGAUGCUGGUUUCUUAGAGACGCUACACUUCUCGGUAAUAUUGUUAAAUUAAAGACUUUUCCAAAGUCCUAAAUAAGUUUCCGGACAGAUAAGUAUUUUUCUGAGGUCGUUGUUGAUGACUUUCUGCUUUAGUGUUGAGUUAAAGCUACAGACUGCAGCUUUUAAAGGGGCUGAUGUUCAGCUUUGUUUCAUUAGAAGCUCCUGGCAGCUUUUAAAUCAGGCUGGUAGAAAAAGUAUGGAGGGAAUUUUGGAAAUUAUUUUGAAAAUAAAAGAUGUAAAAUGUACUCUAGAAAUGAAAACUUUGAAUAACUUCUUAAAAAUAAAGUUUUGGGUGAUAUUUAUGCUUUUUCUUAGAUUUUA